AUGCCCGUCCAAACGAGUCCAUCGCCCUUGCCCGCCUCGUUUCCUUCCUUCUCGUCCGUGUUUGGCACCGGAAUGGAUCACGUCUUGCGCCCGCAGAGGAGAGACGAUGGCCCCUCCCCGGCACAGCCCGCAACGACGAGCAGCACCGCCUCCGCUGCGGAGCCUUGCCCCUCCUUUCAACAUCGUGAGAGCGUCUCGUCGGCUGCAUCCGAGUCGACCGAUUCUUCCCCUACCACUACCAUUUCCACCUUCGAUACCACUUCCGUCCCCGACACCUCUCCGAGUUCCUCUCCGGAAUCGCCUUCGUCCAUUCCCCUACCAUAUCCCAAGCCCACGACGCUCCCUGACAUCUCGGAGAGGGAUUCGAUGCCGUCGGAUCAGAAUGCCCAAUCCCAGCAACCGACGUUGGGUUCAGCUCGCCCCGUGUCCCCCGGGAGACGGGCCCGGAAUCUCAAAAACCUUUCGCUGAAGGUACCCUCUCAGCCCUCACGACCGGCCAUUUCUACCGCCUCGGUGGUGGAAACGAGCUCAUGCCACCUCUCCGCCCCUCCUUCUCCAGUGAAUCGUCCUAUGAAAACUGCUCGACGAAAGCCGGCGAAUCUGACGAUCCGUACCCCGGGAUUCGAUUCGUCUUUCUCCAGCAACGCCACCGAGGCCGUGCCCCCAACCCCCGGUACCCGGCGUUCAUUACGACACAUCGAGUCGUCUCCUUCUCUGGCAUCCGUCUUCUCCCCGACCACCGCUCCGCCGGGAGGCAUGCAAAUGCCGCGGCCGGCAACGCGAGAUGGUGCGCCGACGAUGCCGGGUAGCUGGCAAGAUGAUUUCUCGCCUAGGCCCCCAUCGCGGGAGGCCCUCCAGAAGGUGGAGGAAGAAGACUACAACCUGGAUUCCCGAGAGUCGGCCAAGGGGAAUGAACGCGGCUAUCCCGAUGGGCCGAUUCAGAUCUAUGAGUCAGGCGUUUAUCUGUAUUUGGAACCGACCCAGGAAGAAGCCUCUCGAUUCGAUGUGGUGGUCAAUGUUGCCAAGGAAGUGGUGAAUCCCUUUACCGCCGAUUUGGCGAAGAACAAUAAUUCCGUCGUUUCCACGCUCCGGGAUCCUUGUGAAUUCGCCAAACGGCAUUCAAUUGCGGAACCGCUGACAGCCAUCUCAGAGGCGUCUUUUCACUCGGCUUUGGAGGUUCUUUCCCCCGAGUCGGAGAGCCCAACCACCCCCAAAGCGAAAAAGCGGGCGACACCGGAGUAUAUCCACGUACCUUGGGACCACAACUCGGAAAUUCUCGAUGAUCUCUAUCCUUUGUGCGAGCUGAUCGACGACCGAGUGUCGCAGGACAAGAGUCGCUGGGUGGGGCCGAAUAUGAGUCUCAUCUAUCAAUUGACGGAUUUCCGUGCGCGACUGCUCCGUGGAGGACCGUCCAAGCCUGCGCCGGCGGAAUGGUUCAAAAUAGGGCCGAAUUGCCGUCCUUCCGAGGCAUCAGCCAUAUCGAAUCCACCUGCGGCCGAUCGGGUCGAGGAGCCGAAACGAGACGACCGGGAGAGCCAGACUCUGGUCCCAGGCCCAUUGCUUCAUUCCUCCACCGAACGUCCGGCAACGACUGCUCCUUCAACAACUGCCACUGCGUCCACGCAUUUGCCAAAGUCCGAGGCUCCAGCACCGCGGAGUAUAUUCCCACGCCCACUUCCGCUUCGGGAAAAAUAUCAGACGAUCGAGCCCUCGCAGGGUCCGUCCGAAAACCAACAGUCGGGGACCCGGCGAACCGCCCACAUCCGCUAUCCAUCGGUUCGUAUGGACCUGGUCAUGAAAGACGUUCCCACUUCGCCGUCCCUAUUAUCCCCGAGAGCGGCCAGUUUUAUGAGCACGACGCUGUCCCGGACGCUAGCUGGAGACCUGGCCGGGGAUGGACCACCUUCCUUGGUCGGGCUGGGAGAGCCGUUCCCAGAUCCGCGGUCGCCGCCUCAGCGAAACGAGCCUCUUAUCAUGAGAAACAUUGAUGAAUUCCUAUGA